CUUUAAAACAGCUGAAGACUCUGUUUAAUAUUAGUGUGAAGACACAGGAAAGUGAGGUGCUUUGAAGCAGCCUUAUCUCUCCACCACAGGGGCUGAUGGGAGGUCUGAGGACCUGUUAGAAACCACGUGGCCCUCGUCUGAUCUCGCAGCUCCUCCUUGUUUGGCCUCAGCUGCAUCAGAGCGCCACUUCUCCCCAGGUUCACCAGAGGAAACACCGCUGCACAAAAUGCUUUUCCUCCCAGCUGCUGCUCUGUGCUGUCUGUGCUCAGCGCUGGCUGCCAUGGCAACACAGCUGCUUCAGGAGGAUUUAACAUGGACCAGGAGAGUUGGUGAAAGAGUCUCCUUCAGCUGUCGAGGCACUGAACAGUGUGAUAGACGUUAUCCUUUUGUAUACUGGUACCAGAAGAGAGACACAGAAACAAUCACACUGAUUCUUGAUAUUGACAGGGAUGAUGGUAAAAUAGAUAAACGUUACAAUCAUCCUCAGAAAGAUGAUUUCUCAGCUGUGAAUAAACAGAACGGCUGUGAGUUGCAGAUCCAGAGCGUUAAACUAACUCAUUCAGCCACCUACUACUGCUGCUGUAAGAAGGGCGGAUGGUACUACAUGUUUGGCUCUGGAACUAAACUGUUUGUAGGUGAGCAGGUAGUGAAGCCCGUGGUGAGCGUGUACCCAGCAGCACCCAGAGCCCACCUGGAGGGGAAGAGCUCCCUGCUGUGUCUGGCCUCAGCCAUGUUUCCUCCUCUGGUCCGCUUCUCCUGGAAAAGACGAAAGGAGAACGGUCCUCUGGAGGAGCUGCCCCCUGCUGAGGGAGAGCAGCUGGAGCUCAGAGAGUCGGGACACACCGCCGCCAUCUUGCUGCUCCGUCAGCAAGAGAACAGCACGUAUAAAUACCACUGCUACGUCCAGCACGAGGGGGGCCAAGUGGAGGCCCCAACAGAACAAGAGGUUCAAGCUCCAGAAGCCUUCUUUCCUCCAGAGAGAGAGCCAGCAGACCUGCCAGCUCUGCAGCAAGCUGACUGGUCCUUCCAGUCUCAGUGCAGGGUGAAGCUGCUCUGCCUGCUGUACACAGUGCUGAUAGUGAAGAGUCUGGUGUUCUGCUGUGGAAUCGUUCUGCUGAUGAUUCUCAGAAACAAGGGACCGUCCACCAACUGCACACAUGCUGACUGACUGUUUUCUGCCUUUUCUCACCAUCAAAUCUCAUCAAUUCAUCUCAUUCAUCACGCUGAUCAGUAUUCACAAAUAUCAAUGAUGACGUGUUGUGGUUGUUAUGUAAAAGGAAGACACAGUCAUCCUAAAAAUAUAAAUACAUAUAUACACGUAUAUAUCUGCAGUUACUAAGUGUACAUUUUGUCUGGUGUCAUUGUGAUAUUUUAGUUAAUUUCCACUUUGAGUUGCGACCUGUAUAAUAAUAGAGAUUUAUUCUCAAUCAUUAGCUUCUUGUAGACAUGUUAUUAAGUAUUUUCUGUUUAUUUGAUUAAUUUUCAUCAAGUUUGUCAAAUUCUUUCAGAGAAACAUUCUCAAUAAAGUGAAAAAUCACAGACCGUGUCUUUUUUGAAACCUCCUUGUUCUGAUGUAUUUCAGUUUGACUUCAGAGCAAAUAAUCAGAAACAGAAUCUCUUAGGUUGGCUGUGUAUGUUGACAGCUACAUUUAAUGUGACUCUGGUUGUAACUAGCUCUGAAUAUACUUUCACACAGCGCCAUGAACAAAUGUACAGGAA